GCGCUCGAGGAGCGUCGAUUUGGACAUGGACGUCACAGAGAACAUUCAGAAGAACGUCGACAUGAACGUUUCGAUGACCAUCGCCGCGACCCAGAUCAGCCUCAGUACCCGUCCCCGCCUGGAGGGCUCAGCAGGGCGGACUUCGUCUCUGAUGAAGAAUUCAAUAGGAUGAUGCAUGGAGGUGGGGAAUUCGGAAGACCGCGCAUGGGAGGUGAUCAUAUCGGCCCUGAGGACUUUGGAGAAUGGGAUCGACAGAGACCACCUCAGAACGCUGGCUACCAAGCAUCAUACAUGCAGCAGUCCGAACCGUCGGGCCUGCGAUUUCCUGGAGCACCUCUGCCACCCAUUCCCCACGAACAGCGCACAGCUGGUUAUGAGAGCGGCGCAUAUGCUCAGCCUUCUCACAAUCAGUAUUCUGUCCCAGAAUCGCUGGAGCCACGUCAUGGAAGCAACGUAUACGUACCCCCUGCUGAUGCCCCUGGGGCACCAAUCAGUCAUGCACCAGCGGGAGGUUAUGCUCCACCUCCUGGGCCGCCUCCUCCAGAUAGAUCUUCAUAUGGAUACGACGCUUCUCAAGGAGGAUCGGGCCGAGGUGCUGCGAGUGAUUAUUACAAUGGGCCUUCACCAGGUCAAUCAGCACAGUCAUACUCGCACACCCCAGAUGACGCAGCCGCUUAUGGCGAUUCCCCUAACCCACCUCGCUACCAGUCAAACCCCUCGGGCGGGUUCGACGAAGAGAAUUACAAGUCUCAUUUCUCUGCUCACGCUCAGGCGUAUGGUUCCGGCCAUGAUGACAAGCCGAUGGCGAAUGAUGCUAUAGGCGCAGCUGCCGCUGUCGAGGCGCUGAAGAUCGCAGCUGCAAAUAACCAGUCGGGUGAUAGGCCGCAACAGGGAGGCAGACCACAGGGUGGAUUCCAUUCCGACGCGGACACUGAGCCUGACGACGAGGAUAAGGAACCGGCUGCUAAAUCACAGGCCCAUGCGGGAGGUGGUGGCAUGCAGGACAAGAUCAUCGCCCUGGCGAUGGCCCAGGCAGGCAAGCUUUUCGACAAGAAGGGCGGGGGGGACAGCCAAGGAAAGUCGCAAGCUAUGCAAUCAGCUGCGGCGACUGCGAUGCGCUUGAUGGGAGAGUACAAGUCGACGGGUAAAGUAAACAUGGAGCCAGGGGAGAUGCAGAAGCUUAUGGCGCUGGCAAUGUCGCUAUUCUGAGGUGAAAGGUAACAUUGAUGCGGCACAGAAUUUGUAAUUGAUCUUGCAGUCAUGUAUUCACAAU